AGCAUGGAGAAAUAAACCUGUGUCUCCUCGGUCUCGAAGUCCGUGUCCAAAUCCAUGGGGGCUGCACAUGUAAUAAUAAUGUGACGCCAAUCUCGCUCUCCUCUCCUCUGCAUGUGCCUAGUCUCUCCCUCUUCUCUUCUCCUCUGACUCUUCGACUCCCUCAAAGCCAAAACCAAUCUCAUCGAUUUCUCUCUCUCUCUCUCUCUCUCUCUCUCUGGUCUUAGUCUCAGUCCAAGUUUCAGUCGCCGAGAAAAUCAAGGCGAAGAAGAAGAAGGAGGAGGAGACGAAGAUCUUCGUCGUCGCCAACUGAAAAGUCCUACAUCUCCGCCGAUCCGGAAUGAAAUCCUCCUCCGUCGCCGCCGCCGCCGCCAAGGCCACGCUUAAUCCGCUCAGUGUCGCCUACGAGAACAAGAGGGAUGCUUAUGGAUUUGCGGUGAGACCUCAGCAUGUGCAACGCUACCGAGAAUAUGCCAAUAUCUACAAGGAAGAAGAGGAAGAAAGAUCAGAAAGGUGGACCUCUUUUUUGCAACGGCAAGCAGAGUCUGCAAGAUUGCCCGUAAAUGGAUCAUCUAAUGCAGAAGAUAACAAGGCCUUGCAAGCUGAGAGGUCAGAGCAAGAACUAGAUUCCAGUUCAGAGAAGGGUGUUGAUGGCGAUGUUUUAGGUGACCAGAAGCCGGGUUCGAAUUCUCCAAUAAAAAAUGAUAGCGAAAUGGAGGAACUGGCAGCGAAGGAGACAAAAGCUCAUGGGAUCCAAAUAUGGAAUGAGAUUAGAUCAUCCCUUCACGAAAUUGAAGAAAUGAUGAGUAUUCGUGUAAAGAAGAAGAGCAAUUUAUCAAAGACAGAGCAGGACACGAGAAAUGGAAAGCCGGUUCAUCCUAUUGAAGAGUUUAGACCCCCAAAAGGAGCAUCUGAGGAGGACUCUGAGGACGAGUUCUACGACAUGGAGAGGUCAGACCAAGAUGCCCCUUCAAGUGACAGUAUAAAUGCCUCUGCAACAGGUGCUGCUUCUGACGUAGUCCCUUCAGAAUCCUUAUCUCCUUGGAAACAAGAGUUGGAGGUUCUUGUUCGUGGGGGAGUACCCAUGGCUCUGAGGGGAGAGCUUUGGCAAGCAUUUGUGGGUGUGAAGGUGCGGCAUGUUGAUAAUUAUUACCAGGAUCUGCUAGCUUCUGAAACUAAAGCUGGCAGUGAUGUGGAACAACAGAGCUUGGACUCAGACAUAAAUAGCAAGUUGUCAACAACUGAUUCUGCAUAUGUACCCGAAAAGUGGAAAGGACAGAUUGAGAAGGAUCUACCUCGUACAUUUCCAGGUCACCCUGCUCUAGAUGUGGAUGGUAGAAAUGCUUUGAGGCGGUUGCUUACCGCAUAUGCGCGACACAAUCCUUCUGUUGGGUACUGUCAGGCCAUGAAUUUCUUUGCUGGCUUGCUACUACUUCUCAUGCCCGAAGAAAAUGCUUUUUGGGCUUUGAUGGGAAUCCUAGAUGAUUAUUUUGAGGGCUAUUACUCUGAGGAAAUGAUAGAAUCUCAGGUGGAUCAACUUGUUUUUGAGGAGUUGGUGCAUGAGAGAUUUCCUAAAUUAGGUUUGUAUAUCGUUACUAUUCAAACAGUAUAUGCUUCUUUUUAUACAUAUUUUUUGGUUGGAUGGUCACAUGUCACCUUUAUUCAUAAUGCAGUCAAUCAUCUGGAUUACCUGGGAGUGCAAGUGGCAUGGGUGACUGGACCAUGGUUCCUUUCCAUUUUCAUGAAUAUGCUGCCAUGGGAAAGUGUUCUACGAGUCUGGGAUGUGCUUCUUUUUGAGGGGAACCGCGUGAUGCUAUUUAGGACCGCACUUGCUUUGAUGGAGUUAUAUGGCCCUGCACUGGUUACUACCAAGGAUGCUGGAGAUGCAGUCACUCUGCUGCAAUCGCUGGCUGGCUCCACAUUUGAUAGCAGUCAACUAGUAUUGACAGCUUGCAUGGGUUACCAAAAUGUAAAUGAAACUAGAUUACAAGAGUUGAGAAAUAAACAUCGGCCUGCUGUAAUUAAUGCUAUUGAGGAAAGAUCAAAGGGACUUCGGGCUUGGAAGGAUUCUCAGGGUCUAGCUUCUAAGCUAUACAAUUUUAAGCAAGAUCCUAAAUCAAUGAUAAUAGAAACGAAGAAAGCAGAAAGAAAUGGUGAUUUAUCACGUUCAGAGUCUGGGUCCACUAAUGCAGAUGAAAUUCUUAUUAGCUUGACUGGGGAUGGGGAGUUGGAUUCUGUUCCAGAUCUUCAAGAGCAGGUGGUGUGGUUGAAGGUUGAAUUAUGCAAGCUGCUGGAGGAUAAAAGAUCUGCUGAACUCAGGGCUGAGGAGCUGGAGACAGCAUUGAUGGAGAUGGUUAAGCAGGAUAAUCGUCGGCAAUUGCAUGCUAGGGUUGAGCAAUUAGAGCAAGAGGUCGCCGAUCUUCGCCGAGCCCUUUCUGAUAAGCAGGAACAGGAGAGUGUCAUGCUCCAGGUGUUGAUGCGAGUAGAGCAAGAGCAGAGAUUAACUGAAGAUGCGCGGAGAUUUUCUGAGCAAGAUGCAGCAGCACAGAGAUAUGCUGCUCAAGUGCUUCAGGAAAAGUAUGAAGAGGCCACUGCUUCCCUCGCGGAAAUGGAGAAGAGAGUUGUUAUGGCAGAAUCAAUGUUAGAGGCUACUUUACAGUACCAAACUGGUCAACAGAAAACACAACCUUCUCCACGAUCUUUAUCUUUAGAUUCUUCACCCAGAAGCAAUCAAGAGCCCACACAAGAGUUCCCUGCAAGAAAGAUUAGUUUGCUAUCUCGACCAUUUGGACUUGGUUGGCGCAAUCGCAGUGAGGGAAAAACUGCUUCCAGUGAGGGACAGAGUCCUACCACAGAAAGGAAAGAAACAAAUGCAGAACUUAAAGAGGCGAAUGACGGCAAGCAUAUCAGUGAAGGACAAAGUCCUACCGCAGAAUGCAAAGAGACAAAUGCAGAACUUAAAGAGACAAAUGGCAUUGAAGUACAAGAUAAAGUGUAGAACGGUGCAAGUUGUGUUGAUAUCCCUAUAGAUAUUCGCUGCCCCAAUAGUAAUACCAUCAUGUGGUAUUAGUUCGGUAGAUGUUACUUUCUGUGUAUGCCGGUCCAGGGUGCAAUAGUUUUGAUUUCCUCGUCUUUAAUUUGUCAAAGACAACCAAUUUUAUCCAUUCAUUGUUUGACUGUUCAUUAAGUAGUACUAGAGUUCAGGGGAAGAGUACAGAAAAUAUGGUAGUAUGGUUUACAUAGUUGUAUAAUCUUCAUCAAUCUGUUUGUAUGACACUUUUCUAAACGUACAGUUCUUAGUUACCUCUAAUGAGGGUCUCUUCCAGGUUGAUUUUCUAAUAAAAAAUUGUCAGUACUUGGUUCA